GGUGAAGGAGACAGCUGGUCCUGCAGCAUAAAGGGAGCGGAGCCUCCGGCCGGCCGCAGUCACGGACACGGGCCGGGGAUGGCGUCGCUCGGCGUGGGGUUGCAUCUCAGCCGCAAGCGGGUAGCGGGCCGAGGCGCUGCGGUGGAGAGGAGGAACUUGCUGACGGUGUGCAGGUUUUCAGUAAAGACUCUGCUGGAUCGCUCUUGUUUUGAAACGAUAGAUGACUCGUCUCCAGAGUUUAUUAACUUUGUUUCCAUUCUGGAGCAAAUCCUCAGCCAUCGACUUAAAGGUCAGACAACUUGGUUUGGCUAUGAGAGUCCUCGAAGUUUUUGGGAUUGCAUCAAAGUUGCCUGCUGUAAAGUCCCACAUAACUGCAUCAAGAGCAUCGAGAGCAUGGAGAAUGUGCGAUCAUCAAGAGCAAAAAUCAAACCGAGCACAGUCAGAAAAAAAAAGCUAAGAGCACACUUGCAGGGCAGAGCGUGGAUCAGAGUGGUCCUGAUGGAGAAAAGAUUAUCAGAGUACAUCUCCUCUGCACUGAGGGAUUUAAAAACAACCAGGAGGUUUUAUGAGGAUGGAGCGAUCAUGUUGGGGGAGGAGGCGGGGCUGUUAGCUGACACACUCAUCGGACUCAACACCAUCGACUUCAGCUUCUGUCUAAAAGGAGAGGGUCUGGAUGGCAGCUAUCCCGCUGUGAUCGACUACACACCUUACCUGAAGUUCACUCAAAAUGCGGACAGCAUCAGCAGUGACGAGGAGGAGAUGAGAACCCUGGGCAGUGGCAGUGAGAACAGCACCCCAGACAAAGCAGCAACUGCUGCUUCUAUCUUCACUGAGCAGAGCAACCUGGUCAGCAAGUGCAAACGCUUUGAGCAGAAGUAUCGCAUGGCGCUGGAGCAGAAGGGCUACCUAGAAGAGCUGGUUCGUCUACGAGAAACCCAGCUGUCAGAGGCCAUGUCUCACAACAAAGCUCUUCAGCAGAGCCUAGCAGACACACACCUCUCACACACACGGGAGAAGGAGCAGCUGGAGUACAUCGUAUUAGAGCUACAGGACCAACUGACGGUACUGAAGAACAAUGAUUUGCGGUCCAGACAGGAGCUGACAGCCCACCUGACCAAUCAGUGGCCAUCUCCAGUUGCCUUGGAUGCAAAUGCUGUUGCCUUGGAUACAUUGCUAUACAGGAAGAGCAGGGGACAGUGGGAGGAGUAUGUCAAAAGUUUCCAGAGCCUGGAGCAGCUCUCUGCAGACAUAAGCCUCUCGCAGACAUCUCUAGAACGGUCACACACUAUGAGUCUGGAGGCCAGACCGACCAGCAGCACACACUGGCCCCAACAAGGUAAAGAAGAAACUCCAUCGUUAAGAGGUCUGUGCGGCUCCCUGACCUCAGUUGCCAGCUAUAAGUCUCUGGCCACCCUGAAGUCUAACGAGUGUUUAGCCAGUCCUACAACAGAGAUCUGCAGCCCUGGCAUCACGCCUACAUAGCUCACGAACACUGAAAAAUGGACCACAGCCUGAGGUCAAACAAUCCGGGAACUUUCUAAAUGUAGGUGAUUUGCUGUGUGUAGACGUUUAGUUUUGAUUUUUAAGAAUGGACGACAGGCAGACUUGCCAAGGGUGGGGUGUAGCAUGUUAUCUUUUAGAUUGCUUUAAACUCAACACCAGCUUCAUGCAACUAAAUCGUGUCACAAAUGUUUGUUUAUUGACUCUUUAGGUAAGAUUUCCAGCUUCAUCCUUAUUUUUUAAAAAUGUAUUUGUUGUUUAUUUUAUCUGUGGACCAUUAGGGGGGCUGUUGGGCUGACUCAUGUCAUGUCACAUAACUGUAAGUCAGUACUGGACUCUAUAUAGCCAUGCUAGGACCUGAACAAUGCUCAACUUCAGCAAGUUAACCUGAGCCUGGCCAAGGUGAAUGUUAACUAGGGUGUUAACGUUGCUGAUCCAUGUGUUAAUAUAAUUAAAUCACAUCUGUGGAGGGCCUUUCA